UUUGUAUAAAGGUACAAAGAGGAAGACACAAAGAGAGACAGAAAGAGAAUUGAUUUUUGGUCCUUUGAGAACUCUGUAGAUUGUAUGAUAGAUGAUUUCAACUGGGUUAUCUUCUGUUUUCUCUGGUUGCAGUGAUGCAGCUGGAAUUGCUGGGAAUAUAUUUGCUUUUGUGCUAUUUUUAUCACCCAUACCAACAUUUAGGAGAAUUAUCAGAAGCCAAUCAACAGAACAGUUCUCAGGAUUGCCUUAUGUAUAUGCCUUCUUGAACUGCUUGAUCUGCCUCUGGUAUGGCAUGCCCAUCGUAUCACCUGGUGUCAUAUUAGUUGCAACAGUCAAUUCAAUUGGGGCAAUUUUUCAAUUGAUCUACAUAAGUAUCUUCAUAUGUUAUGCUGAUAAAGCUAAAAAGCUAAAGAUGUCAGGACUACUGGUUGCAGUUCUUGCAGUAUUUGCAGUGAUAGUCUUUGUGAGCUUGAAUUUUUUUCACUCUCAUGAUCGGCAGACAUUUGUUGGAUAUCUAAGUGUUUUUUCUCUCAUUUCCAUGUUUGCUUCUCCUCUUUGUGUCAUCAAUUUGGUGAUGAAGACAAGGAGUGUUGAGUACAUGCCUUUCUAUCUCUCUCUUGCAACCUUCGCGAUGAGUCUCUCUUUCUUUGCAUAUGGAAUGUUGAAGUUUGAUCCUUUCAUUUAUGUCCCAAAUGGAAUUGGAACAAUUUUGGGGAUAUGUCAAUUGGUUUUGUACUCAUAUUAUAGCAGCGAAUAUGGCGAAGACUCGAGAGAACCCUUGAUAGCCCAAUAUGCCUGAGCACAUCCCUUGGCAAUAAUACAUGGAGUUUGAUUCUGAUCUAGUGAUUUCAAGUUGCAACAUUCCGACAGAUAUAUGCUGCUGCAUGAUCAGUAAAGUAGAUUAUUGUUAUUAAAUAAUCAAUGGAUUCUGAUAAUACUCGAUGCACUCUUAUUUGCAAGAGAGGAAGAAAAUAAGAGGAGUGAUAGCAAGACAGCAAAUUUUUCUUGGUUGUUCCAAAUGGGCGGGUUCUAUUGAUGACAACUACUCAUCUAUUACAGCAGUAACCCACUGUACUCUUUGAUAAUGCCAUGGCAAGCGUGUUAUUACACCAUCAUUUCCAAUUUCAUGCUGCUGCAGUACUGCUCACAUUGAUUGUUUUGUUUAUUUGUAAUUAGCAAUCCUAAUAGUCGUUAGUUGUUUUGUACUACAGAUUUGAAGUUUGAGAAUUUAUAAUGUUUGAUCCCA